AUGGCGGAGCGGGCGCCGCCCAGCACACCGCCUCAGCCGGCCGCCGAUGCUCCCCCUGACCCUGCCACCGCCGCGGACCCCCCCGCCGAUCCCAAUCCCCAUCCAGAAUCCUAUCCCCAGCUCGGCACCUACGUCGUCCAAGUCCCCAAGGACCAAGUCUACCGCGUGCCGCCGCCCGAGAACGCCUACCUGGCCGAGCGGUACCGCAACAAGGACAAAACCCGGCGAAAAAGCCCCUGCGUCGGCUUGCUGAAAUGGAUCCUCGGCGCCGCCCUCCUCAUCUUUUUCCUCCUCAUAGUGAUCGUGGUCGUCUUCUUCGUCACUGUGAAACCUGCGACGCCCACGUUCGCCGUCGAACGCCUCUCCGUGAAGAGCUCCGGCACAUCCGACCGGAAGCCGGAGUAUGAUCUCACGAUGAGAGUCCACAACCCGAGCCAGAAGAUGGGCUACGCCUACGAGGCCGGAGGGACGGCGGUCAUGGCCCACAGCAACGUCGACAUCGCAGCGGGGAAGACGCCGGGGCUCCACCAAGGCUACCAGAACACCACCACCUUCCGACUGGUUCUUCAUGGCUCCAACACCGACGGGCUACCGAAGACGAUCGAUCGGAGUCUGAAUGGAUCGAAGGACGUUGUCCCGCUCGAGGUCACAGCUAGGUUCGUGGUGACGCCAAGAGCCAUGGGGCUGGAUCUGUGGACGACGAGCUUGGACUUGGCGUGUGCUGUUCGAGCAAGUGGACUGGGCAAAGAAGCUCGUAUCGUAUCUCAAGAAUGUAAGUCCAACCUUAAGCUGUGA